GUGUCCUCUCUUGGUGAAUCUACAUCUGCAUCUUUCCUAUCCACAUCCGGAAUAUUUUGUCAGCUGGGUUACUGUGAUGGAGUUUUUGGAAGGGAAAACUGGUGCUACUGAGGAUUUGGAGGACGCCAUUGAGGAGAUUGAGGUGGAGGAGGAGGAGGAGGAGGAGGAGGAGGAGAAGGAGGCAGAGGAGGAGCAAUUGGAGCUGCAACAGUUUGCAGAGGAGAAGGAAAAGGGAGAGCAGGAGAAUCAAGAGAUGAUGAGGGAGACGGAAAGAGCAGCAGAAGAGGGCAAGUAUGACCGAGGAAGAUUUCAAUCAUUACUUGCUGGGACCAAAUCACCCCCGAUCAGUUGUCUAACGAUCGAUGAUGACUCUCAAAGCAUCGGUCAAGAAGAGCUGGAUGCCCUCCUCAAAGUGAUUCCUUCCCUGUUAGUUCUUGGAAUCACCACUUCUCAGAGGCAAUUUGCAACUGUUUGCUCUUCCUCUCUAAAGAGCCUUCAGGUUCUGGAAUUGCUUAAGACAGAACUAGCCUUUCCUCUUACAAUUUGUUGUGCCAAUUUGACCAAACUGACCCUACGAACCGGUUUAGCUGUGGUGCUAAUGACGAAGAUCCACUGCCCAAAGUUGAACGUACUCAGCCUCAGGACGCAUUCCAUGAAUAUGCUUUGUGACGACCAUAGGAGUUCCUCUUGGAUGUCGUUCAAUCUGUUCUCUUCGCUGGCAUUCGACAACCUUCUGUCACUCUCACUGACCAAUGCAAACAUGUCCGAAGGAGACCUAUGUGAGCUUCUGGCACACCAUCUACACAGUCUAGAAAAAUUAUGUUUGGAUCUGCGUUCUGUCCGUCCCACCGGCUUGCCGCCAUCUGAAGAAGACAUAAAUCGCAUGCGAGAAGGGAAGCGAUGCAGUUUUCAAAAGGUACAAUCGAGGAAGAGAGAAGGAAUUGUUUAUCACAAUUCUUUCUACUGUUUUCUUUGUGAAAGUGGUCGCAUUGCAACCUUGUAUAAGCUGCGGCAGUAUGCUCGUCCUCAUCCUCCUCCGUGCUCGUCUUCUUACUCCUCCUGUCAUUCCUCCGGUGCCAUCACCACCAAUCCCAAUUGGGUGAGGAGGGAUACGCGUUCUCCAACCUCCUCUCCCUCUGCUCCUGCAGGCAUGGCUGGAUGUAUCGAAGCUUUCUCCACACAUCUCGCUCAGCCUCCAGGGUUUCAAAAACUGAAGUCACUCUGGCUAAGCUCAGAUUUUGUGCAUUUCCUCGAGCAACGUCUGGAGCAGGAAGCGGGGCCCUCGAGUUCACUGACUUCGUCUCUCUGCCAGAGGGUGACAGAACUGCAGGUGCCCGACGAUGAAGACGGCAAAGGAAGAAGACAGCGGCCACAGCCGCUGGCGGAGGAGGAAGACGACCACAGCCAUAGCCACCGAGUUGUUGACAUCAACAGAUAGAGUGCAGUGUGUGUGUGUGUGUGUGUAGCGGCGUGGACAUUCAGGGUAGAUACUAGUGCGUGCGUGUGUGCGUUAGAGAGAGUUUGACAGUGGAGAAAAGUGUUCGGGUUGGAAUUUUAGAGAGGCGCCCAGCGCCAUAGCUGUGUGACAGUACAAGUUGUUUCCAACGAAGUUCUUGGCCCAGUUCAUAUCUCUGAGUUUUCUGUGUGGGCGCCUGGCACCAGUUCAAGUGUCUGCCGAUUCUGCAUAUUUGCAAGUUGUUGUGUUAUCUGAGUCCACACGCAUGCAUGCUGGUGACGAAAGAAGUCUAAGUCUGAUUGCAUUGUAAUCUAUUUAAUGAAUUUUCAUCACUAGU